AGUAGCUAGGAGAUGGAUCAAUGGAAUGGUGCUUAGUCUGUUACAAUACGAUGAUAAUGAUCAGUUAGACCCCAGCAGUAUCAUACCACUGGUUGAUGGAGGGACUGAAGGGUUCAAAGGUCAUGCUAGAGUCAUACUAGCAGGAAUGACUGCUUGUAUGGACUGCACUAUGGACUUAUACCCACCUCAAAUCAAUUAUCCAUUAUGUACAAUUGCUACAAAACCACGCCUACCUGAACACUGUAUUGAAUAUUCUAAAAUAAUUCUCUGGCCAAAAGAGAAACCUUUCGGUGAAGGCGUGUCUAUUGAUGGCGAUAAUCCAGACCAUAUAAUGUGGCUCUUUGAAAAGGCACAACAAAGAGCAGAGGAGUUUAGGAUACAGGGGGUCAGCUAUCGGCUGACACAAGGCGUUAUAAAGCACAUUAUUCCAGCUGUAGCGUCCACUAACGCAGUGAUAGCCGCUGCCUGUGCAACUGAAGUAUUUAAACUAGCUACAAG